AUGGAGGCCGUCCGCCGCCAUCUCCUCCCUCGGCCUCCGCCCGUCCUUAGCCUGAAUCAGCUAAGCGCCCCGGAGGCAGGACAGAGCCCGGUGAUCAUCGGCGGAAUGGUGCUGGACAUCCACGCGAAGCCAUCCGUGCCGUCACAUCCUGGCACCACCGUUCCUGGGAUGGUUAAGUACAUCGGUGGGGGAGUAGCUAGAAAUAUUGCUGAGUGCAUGGCUAAGCUUGGGACUCAACCACUCAUGAUUAGUGUCAUUGGAGAUGAUAUGGCAGGGGAUUUUCUAUUGAAGUACUGGAGGUUGGCUGGACUAUGUACAGAUGUAGUACCGAACAGAAAACCUGGCAGUAGGUGGCUGGCACUUGGAAGUACUGGCUGUCGAGUAACCCUCUUGAAAAUCCAAAUACCCGGGGGUACCGAAUGCAAAAGACACAGAGGUACGGAAGUGAUAAUUCUCGGAAGUGUCGGGGUCAAUAGAGGAACCCUGGAAUGGAAAGGUGCAGAAACGGCCAAGUCUCAGCUUGGAGAUGCCAGAAAGAUUUGGCUUGGAAAUACCGGACCUAUACCGAGACGCUGUGCCGAAGCAAAUGAGAGGGGGACUAAAUGCACUUUCACAUGUACCCAUCUCACUACAACAUACUAUAUUGAGCAUGUUCCUGAUGUUACAACCCCAGUAGUGUCAAAUGUAUUUGAUGGGAAUGGAGAAUUAUUUGCUGGUGUUGCGAGUGUGCAAGCAGUUGAAACUUUUCUUACCCCUACCUGGAUAUAUCAGUUCUACCGCCGCAUCUCCAUUGCACCUCUACUAAUGCUUGAUGCCAAUUUAUCUCCUGAGUCACUUCAAGCCGCUUGCAAAAUAGCAUAUGAAUCAGGGGUGCCUGUGUUAUUUGAGCCUGUCUCGGUGGUAAAAAGUUCAAGAAUCGCACCAAUUGCGGAACAUAUAACUUGCACUUCCCCGAAUGAGAUUGAGCUUAUUGCCAUGGCAAACGCACUGUCUACUCCAGGGAAAUACAACUUCGUCAAACUUGAGCAGUGCAGCAACAAAGCAGAAUCUGUAGAUUAUUUGUUUGAAAUGCUCAGCCCAGCAAUGUUUUUUCUUCUCGAAAAGGGCAUCAAGCUUCUCCUGGUGACACUUGGCUCGAAUGGUGUUUUCAUAUGUUGCAGAGAGCACGUCAACUUCAUGAAGGAUCCGAAAAGGUGUAAAGUGACACCUUUCUCAACUCAGCUACUUGAAAAAUUGGAGGGAUGUUCUCUAUCCAGCAUGCCUGUUAAUUUGUCUAGAGAAGGUUCUUCCAGAACUUGUGUUUUCCAUUUACCUGCAACAUCUGCCUCAGUGGUCAGCCUCACAGGCGCGGGUGAUUGUUUGGUUGGUGGGUUCCUUUCAUCUCUAUGUGGGGGAUUGGAUAUUAUGCAAAGUGUUGCAGUUGGGAUUGCUGUAGCAAAGGCGUCCGUUGAAUCUGAAGCUAACAUACCUGCCAAUUUUUCUGCUGCAAGCAUCGCAGGUCCUUCACAUGAAUCUUUAUCAGUUUCUCUGUUUUGUGGGAUUUGUUAUUGA